AUGACGGAAUGUUAUUCAGCUCGUUGUCAACAAGAUCGCAAAUUAGCUCGACGAGAAUAUAAUAAAUGGACAAAAACUUUACUAUUGCAAAUUGGUUUAGAAACAAUAUCAAAAAAUCAUUUUGAAUUUGAUGUUAAUUUAUUUAAUCAAACAGAUGAUGAACAAAUACCGAAUGAUUUCAAUCCUGAACAAGGAUGUUUAUUUUGUAUAAAUCGACAAGAAUAUUUAGGAAGUAAAAAAAUAAAUAAUCGAAUCAAUGAACAUCAUCAUUCUAUAAAAGAAGCAAUCGUUAAUGAUGAUGAAAAUGCACCAUUAGAUCUAAGUUUAAAAUCAACAACUAAUAAUUCACCAUUAAUUACAUCGAAUAAUCGAACCAAUGUCAAACAUCGACCAUUGUUUGAUAUCAAGUCAGAUAUACCACCAAUGUAUGGUCAAGAAGAAUUUGAUCGUUUUAUGUCUGACAUGAUUGCUAGUCAGUUAGAUUUUUCAUCUCAUCCAUAUUUAAAUAUGAAUCUCUUUCCAACAUCUCCAACUAUUCCUGUUCAUCAUACUCAAUCAUAUAAAAAGAAAAAUUCUUCUUCUUCUUCUUCACAAGAUACACGUAUUGCUCAAUUAGCUAAACAAAUGGCAUAUGAACGAAUGUUACAAGAAAUUGAUUAUCAACGUCAUCCAUCAAUUACUAAAAAAUCUAAAACAUCGACAAAUUCUUCAUCAUCUAUUCUUACUGAAUCAAUUCAUGUUAAUCAUAUACUUAAUGAUGUUAUGAUGCGUAUAUUACAUGAAAUGUAUGAAAAACAACAACAACAACAAAUAGCAGCAUCUAUUCCUCCGCCAAGAGCAUCACGUAAAGGUGAAUUAUUAUUUGUUAAAAAACAAAAUGUCAAUAAUGAUGAACAAUACAAUGCCAAUCUUUUUAAUCAUUUUAUUAAUAAUAAUAACAAUACCAAUAAUAAUAAAAAACAAAAUAAGCACAAUAAUAAAGUAAAUCCUUCAUCUUCAAGUUCUUCAUCAACAUCAAGUGCAUCAUUAACGAGUUCAUCAUCUAUUCAUAAAAAAAAUAAACAUAAAUCGAAAUUAAAUCAAUCAACAAAUUAUAUACCUAAAGGACGAUCAGCAGAAAUACUUAAUAAUGCUAAGGUUGUUAUCGGUACAGAUGGUAAACAAAUUCGUCCAAAACGAGGUCAAUAUCGUCGUUAUGAAUCCGAACAAUUAGCUAAAGCUGUAGCAGCUGUUUUAAGUAAUGAAAUGUCAGUACAUAAAGCUGGUUCUUAUUUCGGUGUACCACAUUCAACAUUGGAAUAUAAAGUAAAAGAAAGAAAUAUUAAAGCGUCAUCAUCAACAACAAAAAAUAAAAAUGAAUCUACAUCUUCAAUGUCAUCUAUUAAUAACAAAGAUAAUAAUAGUAUAUCUCAUGGUGAAAAUGAUGAUGAAGAUGAUGAUAAAUCGUCGAAAGGUCUUGUUGGAUUUUUACCUGAAUCAAACAGUAGUACAAAUAAUAAUUUGAAUGAAAUCGAUGAUGAGAAUAUAUCGAAUGAUGGCGAUGAUGAUGAUGAUAAUGAUGAUGAUGAUGGUGGUGGUGGUGAUGAUGAUGAUGAUGAUCUUGAAGAAUCAAUUAAUUGA